CAGAGUGCUAAAGAGAUUUUAAGAGAGAACCAUUAUGCAAAACUUAAGAGAAUCACCACUUGUUAUCAAAAACAUAUGUUUUAUCGCACAAAUUGCAAUUUUGUUUAUUGUUAUCGUUUUAUUAAGCAUUUUAUGUUUUGUGCCUUUAAAUGUUGGAAGAAUCGGGUACCGUUUCGCUACGUAUUUGCCAAGAGGGCCAUGCCAACGCGUUGGUACUCAAUAAAGAUUGCAAUAAAAUAGCAGUAGCAGGACGGAGUUUACUUAAAGUUUUUGCUAUUAACAAUGAUGGCUUUACCGAGGUGUGUAAUAUGCGCGGUGGCAAAAAUCAAAAUCUUAGUUAUUCUUCCAAUGAUGUAGCCUGGAGUACAUUAGACACCAACAUAUUGGCUACAGCGGCCACUAAUGGUGUUGUUUCAGUAUGGGAUCUUUCAAAAUUUGGCAAACAAAAACAAUGGUUGGUGUACAAUGAUCACGAGCGUACAGCCCAUGCAGUCACUUUUCACAAUACGGAAGUGAAUACUUUGAUUUCGGGUUCUCAGGAUGGUACUAUUAAAUGUUUUGAUACACGUAGUGAUAAGGCUUGCAAUACGUUUUAUAGUAAUUCGGAAUCGGUGAGAGAUGUUAAAUUUAGUCCACAUAGUAAUAAUCUGUUUUCGGCAGUUUUGGAAAAUGGUACUGUGCAAUUGUGGGAUUUGAGAAGAACGGAUAAAUGUAUGCUGCAAUUUCCUGCCCAUAUGGAGCCUAUUUAUACAUGUGAUUGGCAUCCUACACAAAAUUGGUUGGCUACUGGCAGUAGAGAUAAACAGAUAAAGAUUUGGAAUAUGGAGGGUAAAGCUUCCCUGGAACACACCAUACACACUAUAGCUGUUGUGGGACGUGUCAAAUGGCGGCCGGAGAAAACUUAUCACAUAGCAAGCUGUUCUCUGGUUGUUGAUUAUAGUAUACAUAUUUGGGAUAUACGGCGUCCGUUUGUCCCCUUUGCUUCGUUUAAUGAUCAUACUGAUGUUACCACUGGCAUAGCGUGGAAAGGCAAUGAUCCGUAUUGUCUAUUAUCUACUAGUAAAGAUUCUACCAUCUAUAAACAUGCUUUUAAGGAUGCUUCUCGACCGGCUCUAAAAGCAAAUGUACAAGGCGCCAGUUUAGGACGCAAAGGUGAUAUAUCAUUUGCCAAUAAAUUAAAGUUUUAUUUACCAGUAACAGCGGCCCAAGUGGUUAAAUCGAAUGCCAUGCUAACCCGACAAAAGUCCAUAACUGGCUUGGAACAAUUUCAUAUAGGCAAAUCCGAUAUGUGCAGAUUUUUACUAAAUACAUCUCUUAUUGGCUAUAUGGAUCCAGAAAACUCUUCCAUUGAACUUAAGGAACAUGAAUGUUUUAUAGGCUGCGCCAAGGAAUUAAUUUUGUCUGGCAAAAAAUUAGCCGAUAUUUGCAAACACAAUGCCAAUGUCUGUCGUAAACAUGGUAAACAUAAUGCCACUACACUUUGGAAUUUUAUCGAAAUUUGUUAUGCUUCCAAUGAAAUGAAUAAACAGAAAUACGAACAUCGUAAUUCGUUUUCCAAUCAAAAGAAUGCCCAAAAUGCUCGUCGCACUGCCCAAGUGGUUAGCACUGACAAUUCCAAAUGGGAUCAUAACAAAAAUAAUAAUGUUAAUGGUUCCGAUGAUAAUAUCGAUAUAAAAUCUCAAGAUGAUGAUAACUUAAUAGAUAGUGGUGGUUCGAGUGGUAAACAAACUUAUCCUCCUUAUGGUUCGGUUAUUUUGUCAGAAUCACAAAUUUUAUCGGAAAUAACAUUUGAUAAUUUUGAUUCUCUGCGUAAUGGCUUUAUUUAUGUGGGUCCGCCGGAUUUUACAAAAGCAUUAGCAUUGCCGGAAACUGCUCUGCAUUGUGAUGUCCAGGCCGCUAGACCUCAAUUGGAUAUUAAGGCAAAGAAUAGGGAAAAGUCACCGCCUCCUAAUUUGCCGGCCAUUUUAAAAAUCUCCUCUAUACCUCCUAUACCCCUGUGGGAACCUCAUCAAUUUCUGGCCGAUGCCUUGAUGUUACAAAACGAUGUAGGUGAUGUUCAAACUGCCUUAACUAUACUGAUUGUUAUGGGUGAAAAUCGUAAAUUUUUACCCAUCGAAGAAGACUUAAUUGAACAUUGGUUUCAAACAUACAUCGAUCAAUUACAUCGCUAUCAAAUGUGGAAUGAGGCUUGCACUAUUAUGAAUCUAUCAUGGUUAAGACCUGUACGUGAACUAAAUCAAAAAUCCACUGGCGUUCAUACAAAUUGUGGUGAUUGUGGCCGCCCUUUGGGUGGUAGUGUGGGCUGGUAUUGUCAGAAAUGUAAAUCAAUGCGUUUGGCAAAAUGUUCUAUAUGCAGUUUAAUAGUAAGAGGCUUAUAUGCCUGGUGUCAGGGUUGUUCACAUGGUGGUCAUAUACAACAUGUUAUGGAUUAUUUUGCCAAUCAUUCAAAAUGUCCCAAAUGUGGUCAUUUGUGUGAGUAUAAUUAGUUUUUAAGUAAAAUGACGAAAAAGCAAUAAUUGAUUUUCUUUUAUAUAAAACAUGUACUUACUACGUUUAUGUUUUGUAUUAAAAACUAACUAACAAGAGAAGAAGAAAAACACGGUUACUAUUAAUUUUAAGACUUGAGAAGAUUUAAUUUCAUUUUAUACAUAUAAACAUAGAUUAAUGACAGAACUCAUACAUACAAUACAUA